ACAAAAGAAACAACCUGAAAUUCGCUUGUUAUCGCUGGAAAAAAACCUCAGAACUAAGCAUAAUUUGCUUCAAAAAAAUCCUUCGAUUUUCGAGGGAAUUCCUUCUCAAGUUGCUUUUCAUCAGUUUCGUCAAGGCGUUCCAAGCUGGUAUUGAGAGAGUCUGAGUACUAAAACCGGUUUUUCAGUAGACCGGCGGUAAACGAACCGAACGAAGGAGUGUGAAAACAUCGUUCGAAGUUUCCCAAGGGAGAACAAGGGAUCUAACUAUUGUUUCAAGUCCCUAACUUCAAUCUGUAUCAACAAACUAUACUAACCUAUCUUACAAAGUAAAGCAGUUUAAAGAAAGUCUUUCAAGGGAUUUCAUUAUGGCCAACCGACACAAAAGUGGAGAAUGGUUUGAGUCUGCAGAAUCACCAUCAAAUGAUACAGUAGAAACACCUAGAGUGUCAAAUAUCUCAUGUUUAUCAACGGAAGAGCCAGUUCCAGAUACUCCAAGGUCAAAGAUUAGAUCAGAAGACACAGACUUUGUAAAACUUGCUAAAACUGGUGGCCACAAAGAUCUGCUAGCUCCAACACCAGAAAAUAAACCUCCUUCUCCAAGAAAAUCCAGUAAAUCAAAGAAAGAUAAUGCUGACUGGUAUUAUCAAGACAGAGUAAAUAAUAACGAACCUCCUCAAACACCAAGAUCAAAAGUAAAGGACAGUGAUACUGAAUUUUUAAAGACAGCAAAAGAAGGUGGUCAUAAAGAUCUGCUAAUGAUCAAAGAACACAAACCUACUGACAGUCCAGUACAGUACAACAAGAAAGGCGGUGACUGGUAUACACAUGAUGGAACUAAUGGAGUUGAUAGUGUUCCUUCAACACCAAGAUCUAAAGUCAAAGCCAGCGACACCGAAUUUUUAAAAACAGCUAAAGAAGGAGGUCACAAAGCUUUACUGGAAAUCAAAGAACAUGAGCCAACCAAAACGCCUAAAAAGUAUAACAAGAAAGGGGGAGACUGGUACUAUCAAGAUGGAGUUAACAUUAAAGAGAGUUUACAAAAACGAGAUCAUGCUACCCCCGCAAGUGCUCGUGUACAACGUAAUUAUAGAAAACUACAGAUUCGAAAGGACGACACUGCUUAUGUAAAGACAGCUAAAAUGGGAGGGCAUUCUGAUCUUCUGCACACACCAAGAAAUACUCCUAGUAAGACACCAGUCAGCUAUAAACGCAGUGAUUGGUUCUAUCUGGAGGACAAUAAAAGUAAACCCCAUGAAAGGCCAAGAACAGCACCCAGAAGAACACCGACAAUGAGCAGUACAGUGCUGCCAUCAGACUCUACUGAUUCAGGUUCUCGUCCACGUACAGCAUAUACCAGAAGUACUCCAAUAUGGCUGGGAGGGACUGGUUCAGAAGUUCAACCCAGCCCUAGGAAGCAUAUUAGCAGAGAUUCAGGGCUUGCUCCAUAUGCAUUACAUUUUUAAUUGAUGACAAUUCACAGAUUCAAGGACACAACCCAGUCUGUCAUCACUUGAACAGUGCAGUUUCAGCUGUAGUAAGAUAAAACUGUAGUUAUAUGCAGAAAAUAUUACGACUAAUUAUACACCUAGUGUGGGAGGGGAGGGUACCAGAUCAAGAGCAAGUGAUUUUUAUAGUUUUUGUCCAAGUUGUCUGAUUUUGGUCCAUAAUUAUAGUAAAAAAAGAAAAGUAGUUCCCUAAGCAUGCAUGAGAUUAUUGAUAAGUUUUCUAUGGUCUUCUAUGCUUUGCUACCUAAGAUGUCAGCGUUGAAAUGUUGGGCUUCCUGUGUUAGCAAAGAGGCCAUAUUAGAAAUGAGGGUGGGAUAAAUAAAACAAAAAUUGGAUUCACUCGUGUGUAAUUUUUUCCAUGCCACGAGAUGAAAAGUUAAUGUUGAUAAUGAUAGAAUAAGAAACGGUAGAUUUUAAGUAUUGCAAGAAGGUGGAAAACAAGAAAAGUAGUGCAAUAAUGCUGAAUUUUAUUAGUUAUACAAUUUUACGAAUUUUUUUCAUUUAGAAAAUAAGACAUUUAAGAAAUCUUUCAUUCUAUAAAUCAUCCUUGAUAGAAAUAAUGCUGCUUAGUUCUUUGUUCUUUGUUUCUACUUCCCUUUCUUUCUUUUUAUCCUCUUUCUUUUCAUUUCAUUUCUGUCUUUUUCCAUUCAGAUACCUGUCGUUCUAUGUUGCCUACCUUUAUUCAUUUUCUUGUCUUAGCAAGCUUCUCAUUUUCUUAUUUUCUUUUCGCUCUCAUUCAUAUUUCCAUUCUCUAUUUCUUGUGAGUGUAGUUGUAGUUCCAUGUGAUAUUUCAUUGUAAUGAUAAACAUUAAUUAAAAAAGCACAAAUUGAUGAUAAAAGGUAAUAUGUUUGAGCACUGUACAGUGUAAUGUAAGUCCUAUUUAUGAAAUUAUUUACAGCAGUAUUUAUGUGAUCAGAAUAUUAAUUAAUGCACCAAUUGUAUGUAAUCCAUUGUAUUUUUAAUUUCCAAUGAAUAAGACACUGUUAUCAACUGUAGAAAAUAAAAUCAUAUGCCAUCAUCA